AUGUAUCGCAUCUACAAUAUCUACGCGCUCGCCGCCUUUGGUACCAUUGGCGGCAUGCUCUUCGGUUUCGAUAUUAGUUCCAUGAGUGCCUGGAUCGGUGCCGAUUCUUACAAGGAGUACUUCAACCAUCCGAGCUCGACCUUGCAGGGCGGUAUCACUGCCUCCAUGUCCGGCGGCUCCCUGGUUGGUGCUCUGGUUGCAGGUUUCCUUGCCGACUGGUGGGGCCGCCGCGGCGCCCUCAAGCUCGCCUCCGUCGUCUGGAUCAUUGGCGCCGUCCUCCAGUGCUCUUCCCAGAACGUCCCCCACCUCAUCGUUGGUCGUGUCGUCAGUGGUCUUGCCAUCGGUAUCACCAGCUCGCAGUGCUGCGUCUACCUCGCCGAGCUCGCCCCAUCUCGCAUUCGUGGCCGCAUUGUCGGUAUUCAACAGUGGUCCAUCGAGUGGGGUAUCCUAAUCAUGUACCUUAUUUCAUAUGGCUGCGUCGUCACCAUCAAAACGCCCAGUGCCUUCCGCAUUGCGUGGGGUGUUCAGGGAAUUCCUGGUCUCAUUCUCGGCGUUGCCCUCUUCUUCUUCCCCGAGUCCCCUCGUUGGUUGGCCCAGAAGGACCGAUGGGAGGAGUGCCACGAGGUCCUCGCUCACCUGCAUGCCGGCGGUGACCGUGAGGCCCCCGUUGUUCUCGCUGAGCUGGACGAGGUCAAGGAAGCCGCACGCGUUGCCGCCGAGUCUAAGCACAUCGGCGUUCUGGGCCUCUUCGGUCCCCGCGUCUGGAAACGCACCCUGGCUGGAUGCAGUGUCCAGAUCUGGCAGCAGCUUCUCGGAGGAAACGUCAUGCUGUACUACCUCGUCUACAUCUUCAACAUGGCUGGCAUGACUGGCAAUGUUGCAUUGACGUCGUCCAUCAUCCAAUAUGUCAUCUUCCUGGUCACGACCGGAGCCAUCCUUCCCAUCAUUGACCGUCUCGGCCGUCGACCUCUCCUCAUCGGCGGUGCCAUCAUUUGCUGCAUCAUCCACUUCACCACGGGUGCUGUUAUGAAAGUCCACGGAAACCCCGUCGACAGCGUAGACGGCGACACGAACCUGAGAUGGGCCAUCUCCGGUCCGCCCGCUCAGGGUGUUAUUGCCCUCUGCUACAUCUUCGUGGGUGUCUACGGUCUGACCUGGGCCCCUAUCGGCUGGAUUUACGCCUCCGAAGUCUUCCCUCUCAAGUACCGCGCCACAGGUAUUGACGAGCUCUUCAACGCCAACAUUCCCGCGUGGCGCACCAAGAGGGCUGGUGUGCGUUUCGAGGACCGCGUUGCUGCUGUUGAGGGCAAGAAGUCCGAUUUCGAUGCAUCUCACAACGAGAACGUUGAUGUUUAA